AUGGCAUCCAAUGUGACUGUUCAAUCCGUCUUGGGCAAGAUCAGCCAGGAUCAUCUAGAAUGCUCAAUCUGCUCUUGUCGUUACAAGCAGCCCAAAGUUCUUGACUGUUUGCACAGUUUCUGCCUAAAUUGCCUUCAAGAGCUCAUAGAGUGGCAAGGUCCUGAUAGUACCAAGCUAACAUGCCCUCUCUGCAGACGUGAUACCAAGCUGAAAGGGAACGAUGUCACUGCCCUUCCUACUAACUUUACUUUGGGAGCCCUGGUGGAGGAAUUCACAAUGCAGGAACAGCUGCUUGAUGAAGGUCAAGGGUCAGAGAUCAAAUGUCAAAGUUGUGAUGAGGGAAAUGAAGCUGUGUCAAGGUGCAUGAACUGUGACAGUUUUCUCUGUCUUGAGUGCGAUAAGGGACACAGCCGAAUGGCUGCGUUGAAAACGCAUGAUGUGAACACUCUGGCCCAGCUCCGUUCAGGAGAGAUCUCCUACAAGAGUAAACUGAGAGAAGAGGUUCCAAAAUGUGGAAAGCAUCCGGACCAGAAUGUUAGUAUCUACUGCAACACGUGUGAGCAACUGGCAUGCACUACUUGCUCAGUUCUAGACCAUGCUAGGCACUCUCUCAGCGGACAGAUGGAGGCCUUGGGUAAGUGUAGACAAGAAAUUGCAGAGGCAACAGCAAAAGCUAUGCAGCAAAGAACGGAGCUGAGUGACGCUACACAGGAAGUUGAGAAGAUCCGCAAGGCACUGGAUAGUACGUUCAUGGACACCAACAAGAAAAUACAACAAAACGUUGAUGAGGGGAUUGCCAGGGUUACACAAGACGGGCAGCGACUGAAGCAAGAGGCAGAGAAGAUCUACAAAGACAGAGCCAAGACACUGGAUGCUGCACUUGCAACCAACAGCAAAGAAGCAAGCAACACAGAACAGAAGCUAGAUGAGAUGGAACAACUCAUAGAUCAAGCAAGCUGUCAUGAGAUGCUAGAUUUUAAGCAGAAAGUGUUGCAUAAUCUCAGAGAGCUGACAAAGAAACUGCCACAGAGGGUGAAUAACAAGUUGUCUUUCAUGGACUUCCAAGGCGGUGAAAUAUCAGUCGCAAUAGGGAAGCUGUUACUUAAAGAUGAUACAAAAACACAAGUGGGGGCUCAAGCAUACAAGAUGUCUUCAGAUCGGACAACAAAGUGGAAUAAAAGGACAGAGAUACACCGAUAUGGAAAAAGCAAUACCAAAUUUAAAUCUGCAUCUCAUUUAGCAGUGCUCUCUGACAACGACGUGGUCACUGUGGAUGCUGGAUGCAGCAACUUGAUCAGCAUCUCCUUCAAGACACCUCAGUCUCCUCCAGUCACGAAAGAGCUUGAAAUAGAUGGUUUGCACAAUCCCAAACGUGUGGCAAUAAACAAGGAUGAUGAACUCAUCGUCUUAGAUGGCACAGUCGUCAAGACUUUCAAUAGGCAGUACCAUCCUCUAAACAGCUUCAAACCUGGUGCUUGUCUAAGGCCAAACGGCAAACCAACAUGCCUUGCAGUAGACAACAACAAUCUGAUAGCCAUAGGUUAUGAGAAGAAGGGCGAGAUAUCCCUACACAGGCCGGAUGGUACCCUCAUCACAAUCGUGUCAGCUCCAGGCAUAGGUGACUAUUUGACUAUCCACAGGCAGCGUCUCAUCUACACUGACUGGGAUAAAUUACGGUCAGUCUACUACAACGGCAAUGAGGUAUUUUGUACCACUGUCAUCAGUAAUGAUGAUUUUGACUUGUUUGAUGAUAAAAUGCUCAAAGGAGUGUGUUGUGACAGGGAUGGCAACAUCUACGUUACACGUACCGCCUCUGGUACAGUCCAUUUUCUUGAGGGUUCAGACGAAAUUCUUCUUUUUAGUCCAGAUGGCAAGCAAAAUGGAUGUGCCAUCAAGGGAUGUACAGAUGCAGAUGAGAUCAUCCUGAUGCCAAAUGGUGAUCUGGCAAUAGCUGCAGGUGAUGCAGUUGUCUGUUACCAACGUGUCUGA